AUGGACCCACCAUGGCCAGAGCUCGAUCCCCCUCCUCCAGACCUGUGGCCACCCCACGAGAUGGAGCCUCCACUACCUGAGCUUCCUCCUCCUCCAUAGCCUGAGCCACCUCCGCCACAGAUGGACCCACCAUGGCCAGAGCUCGAUCCUCCAUGA